AUGGCCCCCUUCAAUCCACUUGCAAGCAUACUUGAUGCUAACCGGUUAACUGAACCGAAUUUCAUUGACUGGCUUAGGAAUUUGAGAAUAGUUCUCAGUUUUGAGCACAUUGCCUAUGUCCUUGAUAUUAGGGUUCCCAGUCCCAUUCCUAUAGGGGCAUCGGAAGAGGAACAUGCAACACUUGAGAAGUGGCGCUCUAAUGACAUAAUUGCUAGAUAUCAUAUAUCAAAGCAGUUGUUUGGGUCUAAGCCGGCUAAAGGUGCUAAUAUGUCAGCACAUGUACUUAAGAUGAUCAAGUUGAUUGAUCAUCUUGAGGAUCUGGUAGCAAGUAGGAUCUUUAAGAAGGAUCAGAUAGUUCUGAAGAUUGGGAAUGGAGCAAGUGUUGCUGCAGUCGGCAUAGGAACUGUUUUUGUUAUUUUGUCUAUUAAUGUAAAUUAA